AUGAGUAAUUCUAAAGCAAUUGGUACACCAUUAAGUCGUUCAACAAGUCUUGACAAAGAUGAGAAGGGAAAUUCAAUGGAUGAAACAAAAUAUCGUGGGAUGAUUGGAUCCUUACUUUAUUUGACUGCUAGUCGACCAGAUAUCAUAUUUAUUAUGUGUAAAUGUGCUAGGUUACAGUCUGCUCCUAAGGAGUUGCAUCUGAUAGCAAUGUCGAUCUUGCAUGAGAUAAAGAAGACAGGAAAAAGUACCAGUGGAACAUGUCAAUUACUGGGAAUGGCAUUAAUAUCCUGGAACAACAAGAAACAAGGCUCAAUUGCAUUGUCCACAACUGAGGCAGAGUAUAUUGCUAUUGGACAGUGUUGUGCUCAAUUACUUUGGAUGUCUCAUCAACUG